AAGCCGCGCAACCGGAAGAGGGCUCCGUGCAGCUGGUGACUCCCAGGGUGCACCGGAAGCGCGGCUAGUGACGCACACCGUCCGCCGGAAGUUCGAGUAGCUGACGCUGGUCUCCGCUAUGGCGGUUUCCUCAGCUUGCUGCAACCAUGUGUGGGUCGGUACUGAGACCGGGAUCCUGAAAGGGGUGGACUUCCAGCGGAAGCUGGCGUCCAACUUCACCACAACAGGGCAGCCGCAGCGCGAGGCGGCGGUGAACGUCUUGUGCUGGGGCGCGGGCGACGAGACCCAGAUCCUGGUGGGCUGCGCAGACCUGAUGGUGAGGCGCUUCAGCACCGAGGAGGGCGCGUUCCAGUGCCAGAGGCACUGCCCCGGGGGAGAGGGCACAUUCCGGGGACUCGCCCAGGCCAACGACACACUCAUCACAUGUGUGGAUUCUGGGGUCCUCAGAGUCUGGCACGGCGAUGACAAGGAGGCACCCUCAGACCCACUCCUGGAACUGAAGGUGGGUCCUGGGGUGUGCAGGAUGCGCCAGGACCCGGCACAGCCCCAUCUGGUUGCCACUGGGGGAAAGGAGAAUGCCCUGAAGGUGUGGGACCUUCAGGGGUCAGAGGAGCCCGUGUUCAGAGCCAAGAAUGUGCGGAAUGACUGGCUCGACCUGCGGGUCCCAAUCUGGGACCAGGACGUACAGUUUGUCCCUGGGUCUCAGAAGCUCAUCACAUGCACAGGGUACCACCAGGUCCGUAUGUAUGAUCCAGCCUCCUCGCAGCGCCGGCCAGUCCUAGAGACCACCUUUGGAGAGUAUCCACUAACAGCCAUGACCCUCACUCCGGGGGGCAAGUGGGUGCCUAAAGGGCCAGGGUGGGGCUCAGAAGGGAUCCUGCACAGUCCGCCCACCCCACCUGCCUCCUGUCUCCUCCACAGCUCUGUCAUUGUAGGAAAUACUCAUGGGCAGCUGGCAGAAAUUGACUUUCGGCAAGGGCGCCUACUGGGCUGUCUGAAGGGGCUGGCAGGCAGUGUCCGAGGGCUGCAGUGCCACCCUACAAAGCCACUGCUGGCCUCCUGUGGCUUGGACAGGGUCUUGAGGAUACACAGGAUCCAGAACCCUCGAGGCUUGGAGCAUAAGGUUUAUCUCAAAUCUCGACUGAACUGCCUCCUCCUGUCAGGCAGGGCAAACUGGAGGGAUGAGCUGGAAGAGCCAAGGAAGCACAGUGAGGAGCCCCCCGAAAAUACGGAGGUGGAUGAACUCUGGGCAUCUUUGGAGGUAGCUGCCAAGCGGAAGCUCCCGCGUGUGGACCAGGGCCUGAGGGCCCUCGAGGCCCAAAAGAGGAAGAAAAGGUGGCCCGCGGCCUUGAGCCCCCAACCCUGUGAAUAAACACCUCUCUACCA